AUGGACACGGAGUGCCAGAAGGAGCGCUACUCCUUGACGCUGGUCAACGGACCAAGUGACAAGCAGGCGGCAAAGGCAUACAUCGCAAACGUGGACGUUCAGAACGACAACACCAUCUCACAGUACCUCAGCUUUAGCGGGAACGACAAGAACAACCUGAUGACCAUCAAGUUGGCCGGCGUUGUGGCCGUGUGCUACUGCGGCAUGGUUUCGCCCCAGGAUGAGUGUGAAAGCUCUUCUUUCUGGAUCUUUGGCGGCCUCAUGACCAUUCAAGGUCCAGAAGGUGGCCGCAACUUCAUCUUCCCCACGAACGUGGUCGUCAAGUUUGACCUGAAAGGAUGGGGGUUCAGCCCGAACGACAAGAUUCGCAUCAUCCCUGCGACAUCAGCGUGUUCGGACAACAACAACGAUCCCAACUCCUACACCGGCUUCAAAGUACGCUGUCCCGCCGUCGACGGCAACGGCUGCAGGCAAGCGGGACUCGCUGAGUCAAUCGACACCAAUGUCAUGACGGCCGCCGACAUCGGGGUCUACAUCGAGCGUGUGGACGUUGGACAGACAAGCAGCAUCCUGACCUUCUCGGAUGUCAUCAACACGCACCUGACCAGCGAUCCGGAGUUUGGCCAAGACAUCGUCACGAUCGAUCUGGAGCGAAUCAUGGUGAAUGGAAAGAUGAUGACCAGCGCCCAGCUUACGGCCACGGAGCGCCACGAGGCCAACAAGCUCGCUGGCCUGUAUGAGUUUCAGGACACAUUCAGCCCAGGGCCAAUCGAGACCUACCAGGUAGGACAUCGCGUGCUUGGACAGACAGAUACCCGUCAGAUGAUGAUCCCGCAGGGCUGGAGCAGCACGGAGGCUUUCCCCUUCACCAUCUCGCCGUUCACCUUUGUCGACUCGCAGGGUCAUUGGAUCAGGCGUAACAAGUUGGACUCCAACGAGGAGAUCAAGGGCACGGAGUCCGCUUCGAACCUGAAGCUGUGCUGGGGCAUCUGGUCCAACGGAGCGCCAAAGUUCUACCACGAGGCAGGCACCGUGAACUUCGAGGAUCCGCCUCCCAUGGCAGAAGCCACGGUGAGUCUCUCCACCAAGAUGCAGGAAGCCGUGGCUCCCGUGAUCAUCGCCUUCAAGACGACAGCCAGCCGGUCCGAGUAUGCCACGCCCACCGGGCAAACCAUGCUGAUGCUGCGUUUCAUGGACGUGAGCACGAAGCUGGAGCCAUUCUUCUACUCCACGGAGCAGGGCAUCCGAGGCGUCUACGCCAUGCCACCCUACCAGGAAGUCACGAAGGCCCAGCAGAAGCAGCAUGUGUGUGGCAAGAUCUUUACCGAGUUCUGGUCCAGUCACUCGGAGGGCUUUCCCAUGCCUGUCGGCUGCUUCUACACGCAGAAGCUUUCGGAUCUGCCGACGACCGGAGGUUCCGUCUUCUUCCGCGAGCUCUACAUCACCUUCGGGGAGAGAAAUGGGUUGCGAGAGAACACCGAGUACCACAUUGUGCUGAAUGCCGAAAUCCAGAACUUCAACGCGGGCGACCUGCUUGUGGACAUCUAUGCCAUGUGUGCGGGCUUCACUGGCUGCUCGAGGCCAUACCAAGUCUUCGAGAAGGGCUCGGCGCACGCCUCCCGCGCCACCGAAAUCAAGGCUACGGCUGCCGAGCCGCAGUUUUCCCUGACGGAUGGCUUCUUGAUCCAGCGUGGAAACCCUUUGGAUGGGGUGCUGAGCCUGUCGGAGCUGAACAUCUUGCAGAUCCAGCUCAAGGGCCAGAGUGGUGUGCGAGCCAUUGUCAAGGAGUCCCUGAUCCGGAUGUACAUGUGGCCGUUGACGGCCUGGGACGUCGGUACUGCUUCCUGUGUGGCCGAGUGCAUCCCCUACUACGCAGCCCCGCCUGAGUGCAACGGCCUCGUUGGCUGCGACUCAGAAGAGGUGGUGGCCGGCAGUGGCCGAAGGAACAUUGUGAAGAUCACCCUCCCCACGGAGAUGAGCAGCAUCGAUGAGACGACCACGCACACCAUCAAGAUCAGCGGCUUGACCCUCCCCAUGCAGGGCUUCUUCGCCACACGGUUUGGCGUUCAGCUGACGCGGCCCGACGACACGGCGCCCUACUACAUCCAGUCCUCAGGACUCAUCAUGAAGGUCCCGGAGCCGGGAGCAACCACAGGCCGCCUUGUCAUCAGCGACCGCUCUGGCUAUGGGCCCCUGCCGUUCAAGGGAGAUUCCAGCAACGUGCUGUACUUCCGCUUGAAGCUUGGGGCCACGCUUUGGAACGUCGGCCGGAACAAUGCGGCCUCCCUGACCAUCAACUUGCCUUCGGGCUACGGCGCCUGCUCCGUGAUCGGAUCUGGGGCGCCCCCGAUGGACCUCAAAGUGUUCUUGCAGACCACUGGCGGAUAUAUCGACAACAACCGCGGUGUUCUCGCAGUCUCUAACGACGAUGGCGACUGGGCGAACUCCAACUUGAUGACCUGUCAGUACGAGCUCUUCGCAAACAACCAGGCGAUCUACGCAGGCAUGGUGUUCUACGUGGCAGUUACAGUCGUCAACCCAACGAACGCCCUGCCGAAGACCGAUCCCGACAACGAGCUGACAAUUAAGCUCAGCAGCCUUGGCCACUACGACCCGGAGGGCAUCACCGACCCAGCUCCGAAAGACAUGCCGCCCGUCCCCUUCAUCUCUCUGGCGGAGGAGAAGGCGCUUGGACAAGACCUUUGGGCAGGCAAUCCGGCCAUCAUCAACAUGCUCUCGGAGGAGCUGGUACAGCCCUCUAGCUUCGUUCGCAGCUGCUGCGGGCCGAACUUCGACACUCGGCGUGAGGAGGCAUUCCUGCUCAUCUUCUUCCGCACAUCGACAUAUGUUGGUCAGAACGGCUACGUGGUCUUCGACGCCCCCAGCGGCUUCGACUUUGGCCCCAACUGUACGGCCAGAGACCUCCCGGAGCGAUACUACGCCUUCGUCGGCAUGUUCGAGUUUCAGCUGUACAGGAUGAAGAACAUGGGAACCUGCCUUGGACACAGGUAUCCCAGCACAGAAAGCACCUACAACAGGGCCGUGCUUCAGGUCGGCGGCAUCAUCGAUGCUCCUUUCUACUAUGGCUACGAGCUCCGGGUGCUACAUCCAACCACCUAUGACACCACGCAGCACGAGAACUGGUAUCUUUGGAUCCAGGAUAGCAACGGUUACCCGCUGGAAGGCUCGCAAUCCACCAUCAACUUCAACAAGUUUCAAGCCGCAGCACAGACGUCGUUCUACCACAAGUCCUGGGGCAUGUACAAUGAGAUUGGCCAGAACAUUCCGGUACAGGUGCUGAGCCUUCGUCCAACCUCCAUGACACAGGUCAACACACAGGUCAUCUUCUACCCCAUCCAAUUCUCUAUCGACCUCGACACUUCCCUUCGGAUCUCAGCGCCCGUUGGUUUCAAGUGGGACCCGGAUCCAAACAACUUCUUCAGACGAUCCAACGGCACCAUUGCUGACUGGCCCGGUCUUCCGACGGUCGAGAACAACAACCAGUUGGUUUGGACUUCGCUCAGUUUGAAGGGCAACACAGUUUACGGCUUCCAAGCCACUGUGGAAGUGCCGAACUUCAACCCCGUUAUGUCGGCCAACUCCUUCUUCAUUGAGUUUGGAUUCCGGAACUCCAACAUUCAGAAGAGGCUCUUCGCGAAUGUUGUGGAUGCCCCCUCCAUCGCGGCGCUGACCAACGCGGAGGUCUACUCCAGCACGAACCUGGUGAACUACGGGGACAACAGGAUCGAGUUUGCGGUCCAGACAGUCACGACGCUGACGCCCAACACGGGUAUUGUUGUGAAGGGCAGCGAUGCCACCACGGGCUUCUCGUUUACUUGCCCCGACACCGUCGUGGCUCUUCCAGAAUCGACGCCCUUCCCGCCGGACCUGAUCUGCGUGUAUCAGCUGGCGCCGGAUGGGGCUCCGCAGAUCACGCUGAAGGUGAAUGACAUCAGCAUGCCGCCUGGAUACUACCGGUGGGAAAUGGUCGCGCAGAACCCGCCCACGCGAAAGCAGGACCCCGGCAUCUGGACCUUCGGCACCUACCUUGCGGUCUCCAACUACCCUUCCACGGAUACGUUGGACAAGGAGCUUGCGGCAGAGGGGUUCCGCAUUGACAACAUGAUGCGCGAGGCAAGGCUGACGGCCCUGGACCAGACGCAGCGAGCGGCCACGAUGCGCAACGACCGUCCCGGCAAGUUGAACCAGCUCGUCUUCCAGUUCAGCUUGAACAUCAGGCCGCUUGCGACGGGCAUCCUCGCUCUCCGCGGGCCCCGGGGCUUCGAGUUUGACGACAACUGCUUGCCGUAUGUCAUCACGGACAGAAAUGAUGUCUUCGGGCCCAACACGCAGGACGUGUGGCCGCCAGAUUACUCUGAGUGGCCGCCAGAGUACCGCCCUACAAAGUGCGCCGGAAAUGGGCGAGAAGCCCUCAUCACUGUGCCGAGUGGCUUGGGCAGGAACAGCCUCUACGUUUUCCGGAUCGGCGUGCGGAAGAAUCCCAUGUCCACCCCAGAGUGGAACAAGUGGAGUAUCAACUUCAACGAGCAGGCGGCCGAUCCCUUCCAGGGCUUCACGGUAUGGACCUUUACCAACAUGAACGUGGCUGCGGUGGGGGCCAUGAAGUCACCAACUGGAGCUGGCAUCAUGCGGACUCCCACCCCUGUGACCAUCGAGUUCAUGCCCUUCAACACAGUUCCGCCCAAACCGCCCAACGAGCAGUUCGGUGGCAUGUUGCGACUCACAGUUCCGGUGGGCUAUGAGAUCCAGCACACCAACUCGCAGUGCGAGGUGGAGCUCUUUGUGACGGACGGCUCGGUGGUCUUCGAGAAUGCAGACUACUCUUGCAGGGUGGAGAACACGGUGAAGCAGCUGAUCUACAUGGCGGGCAGCAAGGACAUCCGCGGCUCAUACCCGUACACCUUGAUUGUGUGGAUAUUCAACCCGCCAACUGCGGCAAUCGCCGAGACCUGGCGGAUAGACACCUUCCACACGUGGACGGCUGAGCCAGACACAGCUUUGGAUGAGACGGAGUUCCUGGGCUACAAUGUCAACAACCAGCUCAACACGUUCCAAGUGACGAAUGCGCUGAACGUCCGCAACGGCAACACCAAGGUGAAUGACAUCGACAUCCUUCUGAAUUUCCCGGAUCCAAUGAAGGACAACGAUGAAAUCUUGAUUGUCGGCCCGCGGGGCUUCAAUCUCAUCGGCAACCCUCAGCUUGCAAACUGCAACGAGUUCCGAUGGGUGGGUGGUGUUCAGCUUCCGGCGACCGGUGAGCCAGGCUGCACCUGCGAUCCACAGGGCUUCUGCACCAUCCGGUGGCAGAUCGACGAGUCGAAGGAUCCAGCGUACCCGCAGAACGAGGACAUCCACUUCAAGGUGGCCACGACCAAUCCUUCCAAGACGCCUUUCCUCACGGACAACUACUGGAAGGCCUUCCAUGUGAAGGCGGCUGUGGUCAAGUCUUCCCACAUCUACCGGGGCUGGGACAUCAAUCCGCAGCUCGAGAACGUUGAUGUCAAGUUGGUCGGCAACAAGUACGCGGCUGGCAAGACAUCAGAUAUCGAAGUGACGUUCACGCCGAUCACUGAUGCGGAUACCAUCACCAUCGAGGCCAUCUUCCCGACGCAGUUCAGCUUCGACCAGUCGACUGUAGCGCUUCCGUAUGACAUCGAUGGGCAGAGUGAAGGCGCGACACUCAUCAUCAAUCGAGGAGCUUUCCGGGCCGGCAUCAUGGCCACCAUCCGCAUCAACACCGUGCGUCUGGGUCGUGCAGGCGGACAGACUCGUUUCAACCUCAUCACUUACAAGGAUGAGACGCGGCUAGAGAAGAGGGACGAGAAGUUGGACUUCGAUGGAGGCUUCCGGUUGCCUGGGUUGAUCACGGUGCAGGGCACGCCCGUGCUGAAGAGCAUGUACCAGGAUGCCAAGGCCAUGUACCCGGUGAAGUCGCUCUUCCAGCCGAGGGUGCUGGAGGAUGCCAAAGCUGAGUUCACGCUCUCCUUCACGCGGGCGGUUCAGGCUUCUGAGAGGCUCCUCAUCACAUGCCAAGGGCAGGCGCAGUACCAACUCAAGCAGGCGCCCUUUGUUGUCAUUGGCAUCGGCCCCAUCGAAACCUCGGUGGAGAUCGACUCCUUCGGCACACUCAGGGCCACCCUGAAGCCUGGACGCCCAGCGACCGAAGUGGCCUUGCAGGCAGAUACGCCCUACACCAUCAUCAUGUGGGUUCUUCCCAUCCAGGGCGCCAACACAUGGCGCUUUGACACCAACGAUGGUGGGUCACUGCCUACAAACACCAACGACGGCGAGCUGGAUGGCUUCUACCCUGUAGAGCAAAUGGAGCUCAACAUUGAGGCCGUGCGAAGUCCACCCAAGGCUGUGGUUGACGUCAUUCUGAAUAUCAACGCGGGCAAUGCCAUCGUUCGGGAGCUUAUCAUUAUCGCUCCCCCGAGCUUCCUUUUCGAUGAGAGCGCGGGCGGCUGCGGCGACAUGUGUCUGCCAGGCGAAGCUCUGAGCUCCACGAGCCGGAAGACAGCGACGAUCGCCUCGCCCACAGGCGAACCGCUGACGCAGCUGCGAAAUAUCAAGGUUCGUGUGCUGACCCCUGAGCAGACGCCCAGCAGCAUAACGUGGUUCGUUGAGGGCCGCGGUCAAGGCGCUGGCACAACUGUCGGCUGGGGCGAAGGUCCAGGCUUCUUUGUGACGCAGAUGGCUGGUACAAGCGUCAUGUACCCGGCCGUCGCCACAAUCUCACAAGCUCAGAUUGUGUUCACCUUUGCCCUCAACGUCAACGAUGGGAAUCAGAUCAACAUUGAAGCUCCACCGGGCUUCAUCCUGACUUGCUCAACGGAGGGGGCAUUGAAGCAGAUUAGCCUCCCUGGCGGCAAGCCAGAUUGUAUCGACGAUCCCCUGCAGAUUCGGCUGGGUACGACGCUGACCGCCGACCAAUAUGCCUUCUCCUUGCUGGUGGACUUGCCGCCAGACCAGCCCUCUGGAAACACGUUCAGUGUCAUCAUCAGAGACCAGGACAGCAACGUCGUCGACGCGGCGUACAAGAUCCAGGGAAAGCAGUUCGAGCUCAUUGGCGUCGCCGACCCUUACCUUGACUGGUCGCAGGCUGAGCCGGGGCAGCGCACCGACAUCACGAUUGGGCUGACCUUCACCAAGGACACGGCCAAUGUCAAGGCGCUGCUGAUCAUGCUCCCGGAGCGCUUCAUCCAUGAUGUGCAGACGCCAACCGAUGUGCAAAACAUCAACAAGCAAUUCCCAGUGGCAGCAGGAUCAGAUUGGGCAGAUACCCAGUACACCGACCGCAUCAAGAUUUACUUGGACGACAGCGGGGGUGGCCGUGUUAUAUUCAUAGGUGAGUACCGGUUUACCUUCCCUGCUUUGGUGCCACCAAGCAUGUCCAACAACAAUUACUGGUCGAUCUCUCUGCCGUACCCUCAGAAGUGGAUGUUCCUGUGCAGCCAUAUAGCCUAA